AUGGCCGUUGUGGCCACCGCCAUUGCAACAACUUCCGUUCCUUCUGGUCGUCUCCUGUCCGCCGCAGCAUUAGACCUUAAAAACCUUCUUUUUAAAGAAUCGCUCCCCUUCAGCGAUCUCAAGCUCAUCCAUGGCCGCUACCUCCGGCUCGGCCUCGACGACUGCUCUUCCUUCCUCACCGGCCACCCUGCCCAUGCCCUCCUCCUCUUCUCACAAACCACAAAACCAAAUCUUUUCCACUACAACACCGCAAUCCGCGGUCUCGUCUCCGCCAAUCUCAUGGUGGAGGCUGUUCACUUGUACUCCAAUAUGCGCCGGGAAGGUUUUUCGCCCGACAACUUCACUUUCCCCUUCGUUCUAAAGGCCUGCGCGUGUCUCCUUGAUUUGGAAACCGGCGUGAAGAUCCAUGCCCAGCUUCUAAAGACUGGCUUUGAGCUGGAUGUGUUUGUCAAGACCGGUUUGGUCUCCUUGUAUGCCAAAUGUGGUGGAUUGGAUGACGCCCAGAAGCUGUUUGAUGAAAUGCCUGUGACAAACGUUGUGUCUUGGACUGCAAUGAUUAGUGGAUACAUCACUCAAGGUAAGCUGAAGGAGUCUAUAGAAGUGUUCAGGAAAUCACUGGAGAUGGGUUUGAAGCCUGAUAGUUUUACCAUAGUUAGAGUACUAACUGCUUGCACCCAAUUGGGUGAUGUGAAUAUGGGGGAAUGGAUACAUGAAUUGGUAGCUGAGAAGGACAUGGACAGGAAUGUGUUUGUGGCUACCUCACUUGUUGACAUGUAUACUAAGUGUGGAAGAAUGGAGAGAGCUCGCCAUGUUUUCAAUGGAAUGGUGCAUAAGGAUGUUGUUACAUGGAGUGCAAUGAUUGGUGGAUAUUCUUCCAAUGGACUCCCAAAAGAGGCAUUGGAGCUGUUCUUCAAAAUGGAAGCUGAGAACAUAAAGCCAGAUUGUUUCACCAUGGUUGGAGUCCUUUCAGCUUGUUCAAAACUUGGGGCACUUGAAUUGGGUGAAAGAGUUACUCAAUACAUGGAAAUGAAUGACUUUGUCUCUAACCCGGUUUUAGGGACGGCGUUGAUUGACAUGUAUGCAAAAUGUGGAAGCAUGGCUCGGUCUUGGGUGAUUUUUGAACGAAUGAGCGAGAGGGACCUCAUAGUUUGGAAUGCUAUGAUUAAUGGUCUUUCAAUGACUGGUCAUGAAAAGGCUUGCUUUGGUCUGUUUGCUCAAAUGGAGAAGCUGCAUGUAAGCCCAGAUGGUAAUACUUUUAUAGGCCUUCUUUGUGCCUGUACUCAUACAGGCUUAGUAGAAGAUGGAAGGGCUUAUUUCAAUAGGAUGGGUCAAGUUUACUGCUUGAGUCCUAGAAUUGAGCAUUAUGGAUGCAUGGUUGAUCUUCUUGGACGAAAUGGCUUACUGGAAGAGGCUUAUCAGUUGAUAAAAGAGAUGCCAAUGGAGGUUAAUGCUGUUGUUUGGGGGGCUUUGCUUGGUGGUUGCAGGAUCCAUAGGAACAUUGAUUUGGCAGAGCAUGUGUUGAAGAAGUUAAUUGUGCUAGAGCCUCAGAACUCUGGUAACUAUGUUCUGUUAUCAAAUAUCUAUGCUCUAAAUGGUAGAUGGGAUGAGUCUGAGAAACUAAGAUUGACUAUGAAAAGAAGUGGGAUUCAAAAGACUCGUGGUUUUAGUUGGGUGGAGCUCAAUGCUGCUAUUCAUGAGUUUCAUGUGGGGGACAAUUCCCAUCCAAUGUCAGGACAAAUCUAUUCGAAGCUUGAUGAACUAACUAAGCAAUUAAAGGCAGCGGGAUACACACCGAGGACGGAAGUAGUUCUGUUUGACAUAGAAAAUGAAGAAAAGGAGCAUUCAUUAGAACAUCAUAGUGAAAAGGUGGCGAUUGCAUUUUUGCUGAUUAAUACUCAACCAGAGGAAACAAUAAGGGUAGUGAAGAAUCUUAGAGUUUGCAAUGACUGUCAUUCAGCCAUAAAGCUUAUUUCCAAAAUCUACUGUCGGGAGAUAAUUGUUAGGGAUAAUAACCGGUUCCAUUGUUUCAGAGAGGGAGCUUGUACGUGUAAUGAUUAUUGGUGAAACAGAAUACAGAACAAAAAAGCCAUGGGGUUGUAGAAUUAGACCAGAUGAGGGAAGCAUGGGUUAAUGUGAUUCAGAGAGAUGACAUGCAUCCAUUGGAACGACAACGUUUCCUGUAAGUGCCAUCUGCAGCCAUUCAACUGAAGGGAACUAGCAGCUUUGGAAAAAUUUUCGGCUCUGCUAUGCUUUACCCUUGAUUUAUACAGUUGGUGGAGCUGAAAGUUGGCAUGCACUGCGAAAGAUGCAUCAAGGCCAUCAAGAAAGCCAUCAGGAAAAUUGAAGGGUUGAUGCAGAACUCAACAAAAUGACAGUUACGGGUAAUGUUACAGCUGAGGAGGUGGUUAGGGUUCUGCAGAAAAUUGGC